AUGCGCUGGAGACUAGCAAUACUGGGAAAAGGGAACAAAGUCCCUGGACCAAAUCCAAAGCAAGACAAGCUUGCUGAACAAAAAGCAAAGGGAACAAACGCCCUUAUACAAGCCAUAAGCAAGACAAACUUGCUGGAUAGACUGAGGGAACAGACUCCCUGGAUCAACUUAGAAUCAGAGGGAACAGCUGGCCACGGUAGAUUUUCCUGCUCCACGCCGUUUCACCCUUCCCUUCUCCCUCUCCAGCCGGUUACAACACCUUCUUCUUCCCUCAAACCGGCAUCGUCUCUAGCUCCUUCUCCCUUCUUGCUGGCCUUUUCAGUUUCCUCUUGCCUAUCAUCGACUGAACCGGGUCUCCCUUCCCUUUGCAACAAACCAGCAGCGCCGAUCCACCCUCUCCACUGCCUUCAACCGGCCGCUGCUCCUUCUUGCUCCACCAACCCAACAGCGGCGCCGUCUCCAUCCAUUCUCCCUCCGGUGGCGCCUGCAGAUCCAGUCUCCCCUUCAGUAGCGGCAGCGGUAGCAGCAACCCACAACCGGCCCAGCCGCGACGCUCUUCCUUCGGUCUCCUCCACAGCCACCGAACGGCGGCAGCAAGCCACCUCGCCUUCUCCUUCAACUAGCGCCCACAGACCAGCAGCUUCGUGGUCCAGCGACCGGCCACUUGAAGAAGAAGAAACCGGAUCUGCAGUAUUGGUGUUCCUUACAGCCGGCGUAGGAAGACAGGGAAGAAGAAGACGUUCCCGAUCCACUGAUUUCCGGUCUCCAUCAACGGCGGCGCCUGGCCACGGUAGAUUUUCCUGCUCCACGCCGUUUCACCCUUCCCUUCUCCCUCUCCAGCCGGUUACAACACCUUCUUCUUCCCUCAAACCGGCACCGUCUCUAGCUCCUUCUCCCUUCUUGCUGGCCUUUUCAGUUUCCUCUUGCCCAUCAUCGACUGAACCGGGUCUCCCUUCCCUUUGCAACAAACCAGCAGCGCCGAUCCACCCUCUCCACUGCCUUCAACCGGCCGCUGCUCCUUCUUGCUCCACCAACCCAACAGCGGCGCCGUCUCCAUCCAUUCUCCCUCCGGUGGCGCCUGCAGAUCCAGUCUCCCCUUCAGUAGCGGCAGCGGCAGCAGCAACCCACAACCGGCCCAGCCGCGACGCUCUUCCUUCGGUCUCCUCCACAGCCAUCGAACGGCGGCAGCAAGCCACCUCGCCUUCUCCUUCAACUAGCGCCCACAGACCAGCAGCUUCGUGGUCCAGCGACCGGCCACUUGAAGAAGAAGAAACCGGAUCUGCAGUAUUGGUGUUCCUCACAGCCGGCGUAGGAAGACAGGGAAGAAGAAGACGUUCCCGAUCCACUGAUUUCCGGUCUCCAUCAGCGGCGGCGCAGACGGCGAAGAAGAAGCGGAAGGGGAGGAAAGUAUUACCUGGCGUGGAGGAGUUGGCGGCCUGGCCGGCGGAGCGCGGUGCAACUGGAGGUGGUGAGGCCGGCGGCGUGCACUGGUCACGGCUGGAAGAAGAAGGAAACGAGUCCUGCAGAGGAGAAGGAAAGCUCACGGCUGGAGCUGUUGGUGUGGCUGAGGAGAGAACUGCUACCCCGGCUGCCUUUGGGAAGGAAGAGAGCUUCUGGGAAAGGUGGUGGAUGCUAGCUCUGCUGUCGCCGCCGCUGCUGGAGUCCCGGUGGCAGAGGAGAAGAUUUUUACAGAGGAGAGAGGGAGAGAAGCGGUGCAACUGUCACGUGAGAUGGUUUUAUGGCUACUGGAGGUGGGGAUGA